AUGCACUUCACCAAGGCUCUUGUUUUCCUCUCGGCCAUUGCGCCUGCUUUCGCCGCUCAAGCUGCUUCAGCUCCUGCUAGCACCCAGACUUUGACUCUGGUGCCCUCUGGAUACACACCUCCUCCCACUGUCAUCUCCUCCGCUGCCUCUCUCACCCGGAUCCCCAGCUCCUCCACUCCCUUGGUCAAGGCCACCAGUGUGAGCUCCGGCAUUGAGAGCUCCGUGACUCCCACCCCCACUCCCUUCAGUGGCGCAGCCUCCCUCCAGCUCUCUGGUGCCAUUGCGGCCGGUGCUGCCGCUGUUGCCGGUCUUCUUCUGGCUUAA